ACUCGUUAGAGGAGUGAGGAGACAUUGACAUAUAUUGUGUUGGUUACAAACUACCUGGACCGUUUAAUCGAAAGUGCUGAUAAACUAGACCACAUCCAAAUAUACGCUGCUGUUUUUAUGAAAAGCAGCAUAAAAAAGCUUGUAAUUAAAUGGAUUGGAGAACAGCGGGACAGUUGAAACGCCGAUAGACUUGAGCCAUGGCCGCUGCCAAGGUGGUCUCCCUCUUUCCAGGCCAACAUGAAGUUGAACAUUGCCAACCCAGCCACCGGCUGUCAGAAGCUGAUCGAAAUCGACGACGAGCGUCGCCUGCGUGGCUUUUACGAUAAGCGUAUGGCUCAAGAAGUUGCUGGCGAUGCGCUCGGUGACGAAUUCAAGGGCUACGUUUUCCGUAUCUCCGGUGGUAACGACAAGCAGGGUUUCCCCAUGAAGCAGGGUGUCCUUUUGCCCCACCGUGUGCGCUUGUUGUUGAGCAAGGGCCACUCUUGCUACCGCCCUCGCCGCACCGGUGAGCGCAAGCGCAAGUCUGUCCGUGGUUGUAUCGUCCAGUCUGACUUGGCUGUCAUGAACUUGGUCGUUAUCAAGCAGGGUGAACAGGACAUUCCCGGCCUUACCGACACCACCGUCCCUAAGCGUCUUGGUCCCAAGCGUGCCAACAACAUCCGCAAGUUCUUCAACUUGACCAAGGAGGACGAUGUUCGCCAGUACGUCAUUCGCCGCACCAUCCAACCCGCUAACCCUGACAAGAAGCCCUACACCAAGGCUCCCAAGAUUCAGCGUUUGGUCACCCCCGUCACUCUCCGUCGUCAGCGCAAGAAGAAGUUGGAGAAGCGCAAGCGUCUUGAGCGCAAGACCGAGGCCGAGGCUGAAUACAAGCAGCUUUUGGCUAAGCGCGUUAAGGAGGCCAAGGACCGCAAGAUCGAGAGACGCCGUACCUCGUCUAUGCAAAAGUCGAGCUCUGCUUAA